GUUUUUUUUUUUUUACCUCACGGGUGAUUGAGCUGCGUCAUCAUCACCAGCUCGAGAUUUCUUUAUGAAAGACGCUGAUAAAGCACACAGAUAGAUCACGAAAUCCGAAACUCGUUUUGCGAAUUCGAGCAGUUACAUAACAUCUAUCGUUCAUUCACAAGCUGAUCGAUCGGAAACUAGAUCUGAAUUCGAAAUCAAACAAGACGGAUCUGAUCUAUGUCGAUGGCAGGGGCGGCCUCUGCGCUGUUCCUUCUUGACAUCAAAGGCCGUGUUCUGGUGUGGCGCGACUACCGUGGAGACGUUUCUGCUCUUCAGGCCGAACGUUUCUUCACCAAGCACAUUGAAAAAGAGGGUGAUGAUGCUGGUUCUCAAGGUCCAGUUGUGUAUGACAAGGGUGUCACUUAUAUGUUCAUUCAACACAACAACUUAUAUCUAAUGACGGCUUCCAGGCAGAACUGUAAUGCUGCGAGUCUUCUUCUGUUUCUACACCGCCUCGUUGAUGUAUUUAAGCAUUACUUUGAAGAAUUAGAAGAGGAAUCACUUAGAGAUAACUUUGUUGUAGUGUAUGAAUUGCUUGAUGAAAUGAUGGACUUUGGUUACCCUCAGUUCACCGAAGCUACAAUUCUUAGCGAGUUUAUCAAGACCGAUGCAUAUAGGAUGGAAGUUUCACAAAGGCCCCCCAUGGCUGUCACAAAUGCUGUGUCUUGGCGUAGUGAAGGAAUACAUUACAAAAAGAAUGAAGUGUUUUUGGAUGUUGUGGAGAAUGUGAAUAUACUUGUCAACAGUAACGGACAGAUAGUAAGAUCAGAAGUUAUUGGAGCAUUGAAGAUGCGAACGUAUUUGAGUGGUAUGCCUGAGUGUAAGCUUGGGCUAAACGAUAGAGUUUUAUUAGAGGCACAAGGCAGGACUACUAAAGGAAAAGCUAUUGACUUGGAUGACAUCAAGUUCCAUCAAUGUGUGCGGUUGGCUCGUUUUGAAAAUGAUAGAACAAUAUCAUUUGUACCUCCUGAUGGAGCCUUUGACCUCAUGACGUAUCGACUCAGUACUCAGGUAAAGCCUCUAAUAUGGGUGGAAGCUCAAGUAGAAAGACAUUCUAAAAGCCGUGUGGAAAUUAUGGUAAAAGCUCGGAGCCAAUUCAAGGAGCGUAGCACUGCAACAAAUGUUGAAAUUGAAUUGCCUGUUCCAGCUGAUGCUAUUAACCCGAAUAUUCGGACCUCCAUGGGAUCAGCUGCUUAUGCACCAGAAAACGAUGCCCUUUGCUGGAAAAUAAAAUCUUUUCCGGGUGGCAAGGAAUACAUGUUGAGAGCAGAGUUUAAUCUUCCCAGUAUAACAGCCGAAGAAGCACUUCCCGAGAGAAAAGCUCCUAUUCGUGUUAAAUUCGAAAUACCAUAUUUUACAAUUUCAGGAAUACAGGUUCGGUACCUGAAAAUCAUCGAAAAAAGUGGUUACCAGGCUCUUCCAUGGGUUCGGUAUAUAACGAUGGCCGGAGAAUAUGAACUUAGACUUGUGUGAGAAUGAACCAAUGUAGUUUUUGUAAGCGAAUAGGUUUUAGUUGGUGUGUUUUUUUGGCACAAUUGUUGUUUCAUGGACUAAAGAAGAAAUUUGUAAGAUGUGAUGUUGUGUUGUUCCUCUUUUUAAACUAAAUCUUUGGUGAAGCGACUAAGUAAUUGAUGAUUUGAUCAA